AUGCGUAUUUACGCCUUCGACCUGGUUUACGUAACCAUAGUUGGUAUGCGUCAUAGCUCCUUCGUAUCUGGGCUUUCUUCUUCCCGACCGAUCCGACCGCUCGAAGUAGCCCAGACAUGGCGGAGCCGGGCCCGAGCCGGCCGGCCUCCUCCGCCGCCGACUUCCCCGAACUCCUCAGCUUCUGUGCCCGCGCGGAGGCCCUCAUCGCUGAGCUGCUCCUGCUCUCCGACCGCGCACCUCCGCAGUUCGCCGACCGCCGCUUCGACAACGUCCUCUUCGACCUCCGAUAUUUCGAUUCCCCGGGAGAUUUGGAGUCGAGGAUCGAAGGCGACAUCGAGCUUGAAGCACUGGAAGAUCAACUCCGCGAGUCCUGCGGCUCGUACAUGCAGAGGUUCUUCUUCUUGCUGGAUGGCGCCGUUACUUACCACGAGGAGCUCUGCAGUUACCUAAAUGAUCUUCAGGAAGGGCUGUAUGUGCAUUGCACAUUGGAUGGUGUGCUGGAGAAUAACUGCGCUUGCCAGUUGCUUGUGGAGUCGAUGACUUUGUUCGGAUGCAUGAUUCUGCUAAUGGAACACAAAAUUGGUGGGUUGCUGCGUGAGAGGCUCCUCGUGGCGCACCUGCGGUACGAGCGCUGUUUCAACUAUCCCAAUCUGGAGAGGAUAUGUGACCUCUGUCGGCAGCAUGUGCCUACACCUGGUUGGUCUGCUAGUUCCGGUUCAUCAGCAUAUAGCUCAGAUAUUAUUUCUGUACAGAAGCCUGAGGACCUGCUUGGGAGGUUUCCAUUUCCUGAACCUGUUGUGGAUGCUGUCAUAACCUGCUUGCGAAAUGGUGAUGUGUACAACAAUGUCCGCUUCUAUCCUGACCCGCAGCACCGUACUACAGCUCUGUCCUUGCAAGCUGGACAUCUCUAUGUCCUGUUGUUUUAUUCUCAUGGCCUUCUGCACAGUGGUUUGGCUAUGCGGGAGAUUGUUGACCGGUUCUUCAAAGAUAACUGGGUGGUUCCCAUAUUCUUGCAUUUCUCAGUAGAUUUACUUGUCUCUUGGGAUGCAUACAAAGAAGCAAAGUUAUCGUUGCUUUCCUGCCUUUCUCCUGCCUCCAUACGUGAUAUUAGUCUACACCACUUCACAAAGGUUCCUCAGCUUUUAGCUGACUUGGGUAUUCAUAUACGUGCUAUAAACAAAAAUCAUGUGCUUGAUAAUUCGCUGAGUCUUCUUUCUGUCAUCAGAGAGUGCAAUUUCACGCUGCGUUGGCUUUUGCUUCAUCGCAUGACCAGUGAUAAGAAGGCAAGGGACCUGGUGAUCUCUGUAGGGUCAUCACAGCAAGUAGAUGAAGGAAACCUGUUACAACUCUUAUUGAAGAAUGCUAAACUUGAGUUUGAGGUGAAGCAACUGCAUGUUGAACUGUUGAAUACCAGGAAAAGUAUGUGGUGUGAAAAGAGGCAUGAUGCUUUGGAAUGUAUAAAAGACUUGUCUCAGAACUAUCUUGGAAUUUGGGCUGCAUCAUGCAAAUUCAAGAACAAGACCGUAAAAGACUGGUUGGAGCACAUUUCAUCAGAGGUUGUCUCCCUGAAUUAUACCACAAUUGGAAGCUCUGGCAGGACAAUCCAUCGAGUGCUAUCAACACUGAAAGAUAUUGAGACGCUCCACCAAAUCAAAGAGAGCAUGCAGAUAAAGCAAGGCUUCUCGAAAAUACAGAAGAAUCUUCAUGAUAUGAUAAAAGUGCUUAACCUAAACCAAGAGGCACUAAGUAUUUUCUCAGUGAUUACUGAUGCUAAGUAUGCAUGGGUUUAUCUUACACUAUUUGAGACACUUCUAAAGAAGAAUAUCAGUCAGGAUCCAUCACAAACUUUACUUCUGCAUACGAUGUUUCUUAAAUUACAGUCAUGGCUGAGUGCACCGCUCCAAAGGAUCAAGCAGUGCAAAAGCCCUGAUCUUCACUGUGUCUCCACCUACUAUUCUUCAAAAUAUGCAGCUAAGAUAUUUGCAGUUUUAGGUAUUAUCCCGGUCAUAUUGCUUAAAAUUUCCACUGCUGUUGAUUAUGGAGAACAGUCUACUUAUCUAGUAAAUCGCAUCAACAAGGAAGCAUUGGAAGAGCUCAUGCAGUUGGAUCAUCAACUAUGUCAAGCACGGCAGGCUGCCAAACUAUGCACCAUUUCAGAGGGCCUUCAGAACAUGUCGAAGAGCUUUGAUGACCUUAUUGGCCUGAAUUUAGGUGGAUGGCUGAGUCAGAUGAUAAAAAAGGAACUAGCAAUUCAGCUAGAAGCAAAACUGAAAUGCUUAUCGUCACCCACUUAUGUUUUACUUUGGAUUAACUGGAUUAGCAGUAUUUUAAAUUCGCUGCUGACAGAUGAUAUGGAGAGCAGCCUGAUCUCUUUGUCAAAUUAUAUGCUUUCCCAGAUGCAGAGGAUGGAGUUCCUUCAGGAUAUACUGCACAUUGAUGGGAGCUCAAUCUGGCAAGAAACAUUAGCUACUGUAUUGGAACAAUGUGCUAAAAGAGAGGUUCUGGAGCUUAUGGGAUGCAUGCAAAAGUCAGCUAAUGUGGUGGAACAGUUGAAUAAUGCAUCCAGCUCCAGCACAUUUUUUGGCAACUUGCUGCAAUAUAUAGUUCAGCUGACAAAUCCAUCGCACUCCAUGUUUAUAGAGCCCAUGGUUGGUUGGUUUGAUGCAGGAGGACAUGAGUUGCUUGGUAUGCGCUUUUUUAAUCUUCUGGAAUUAUGCGUGGGACAGGUUGGGUUAGCAUGCUUGGACUCCUUAAUACACAUACUCAUAAAGCAGAGCAUGGAGAAUACAGUGAAAGAAUUAUGUUCUUUGGUUGAUACUAAAUGUCAGGAGGAAUUGAGUCAGCUGGAUGAUCUUCUGGGCCCUCCUAUGUCAAUUCCUCUGAUGGGCUGGUCAUCAUAUAAGCAUAUGGUGAGGACUUUCCAUUCAUCAUUGGGACCACUGGUUGAGAAAUUGGCAACAAUUGGACAACUGCAGUUGGUUAUGAAUCUUAUAUCCUUAAAAUUGAGAUCAGCAUGCAAGAUCAAAGCAAGUACUAUAACCUCGGUUGUUGAGGUUUUGGUGCCUAUGCUGAAAGGAAAGCUUGAGAGAGGAGCUGAGGAUCAAACUGCCAGACUCUUCCUUCACCAUAUAAAGGAGCAGCAAAAGUUUUGUGGUUUACUUUCACCUCUUCAAGCUAUCUAUAUCUCAGAAGACCCUCCAAUGUUCUUGGCCAGACUGCUAACCCUCUUUUCAAUAUCACAGUUGUCAAGAUAUGUGCUUGAUGUUCAUUUAGGCAAUUUGACCAGUCCUUUAAAGAGGUCCAUAGCCGAUUUCUCUGCUGUGAUCAUAGGGCUUGGUACACUCCUGCGGCAGUUUGAUACUUUCUAUAUGGUCCAGUAUAUCCAGUUCAUGGUUCAGUACAUACGGAUGGCAGAAGCAGCAUUCGAUGUCAUGACUGAUACACAAAAGGGGACUACACAUUCUUCUGAGGCGCCAAAGGCAGUUUUUUGGCUGAUGUCCUUGUGCAAGUACAUGGAUAUCUCAAGGGAUGUCGUGGAGUCGUGCUUGCCCACUUCUGCUCUUGCUGCUCUCCAAUCAUGAGGCUCCUGUUGUUGCAUACUUGAACAUAGUUUAGCAAAAUGAGACAAGGGCUCGAAUUGUUAGCCCUCAUUUUUUUUGUUUUAUACUUUUUUCUCUUCACGUAAACGAGUCCUGGAAUCUGUUGUCAAACAAUGUUCUCCAUUAUGUGGAUGUAGAAUUGCAUUACUUGUGUGCAGAAA